AUCAGGGGCCUCGCGCUUCCGCCGCCCCGCGCCUGCCCCAGCACGUCCCCGCGGCGCCUUGACCCUUCCACACGGGGACGCAGCAGCCGCAGCCGACGACGCGUCCACGGAGUGCGCGCGGCGGCGGAGGGCGCUUCGCGGGCGACGGAGCCCGUGGAGGUGGUCGGGGUCGGGAGCCGGAAGGACGCCGUCAUCGACUUCUGCCUGGGCUCCCGCACACUGCCCUGUCCUCCACUCCCAUCCGUUUCCGAUUGCUGGCUCUGCUUGGUGAGCCGCGUGGAUGGUGGAGGAAGCCAAUGGAAAGGAGGAAUUCAGCACAGGCCCACUGUCAGUGCUGAUGAUGAGCGUCAAGAACAAUACCCAGGUUGGUACAUUUCUACAACUGUUGUGAUCUCAGCUUACCUCUCCACUUUCAACUGUCAGUCUAUCUACAUUGAUUUGCUCGCCCAAGUGUACAAAUUUUGAUAAUUUCUUGUCAUGUAAUCGUGCUAGCUCAAAGUUCAGUUAAUCGAGGUGCACACAACAGAGUGCACUACAUCUUCUACAGUUAUCUUCCCUGAAAAUUAUAUCACCAUUAGGGUGUGUUACCAUAUUUUCUGUAGAUGUAGCAUGUUCCUUAGCUAUGGUUCUCAAUUCACUUGCUGCAAUAUGUCCCCCAAAGCCAUAGCUGUGAUUCCAACAUCACUUAUGUCCAUGUAAGUGGUGGCACAGUAGUCUCAGCAGUCAGUUUUGCAUCAUGAUUUGAAGUUGUGACCUAUAGCAGUAGUGCCUCUAUCUCAGGUUCUUCAGCCUACAUUUUCUACAUUCCUGUGUUUUCAUUAUGGAUCAUGUGUCAUUUAUGUUCAUCAUCUGAAGCUGGAUUUUUGUGUUUUUGCCUGGAUCUGUUCUCAGAAUGUAAUGACUGAUAUUGUUGUAACCUGACUAAUUUGUUGAGUCUAAGUUGCUUGUAAGUUGGUUAGCCAUAAAACGUGGUCAUGUAUUGACGUAUUGCAAAAUAAACACUGAUUGGUCUACCUAGGUGCUGCCAGCUUCCAGGCUAGCAAGUCUCAGUGUCCCAUGUACAUUUUCAUGCACUAGAUCUGAACUCUGCAUUUUAAACCCUGGACAUUGUCACCCAUCAGCUAUAUUAUGGUUUCUCUCUAAUGUAUUGCAUUUUAAGCAUUUUAUAUUAUGCUAAAUUGCUUAGUGCUGACUGCAGUAGAAUUGUUCAACUGUUCCUUAUUCUUAUCACACACUCAUACUACCUCCGUUCCAAAUUGUUGUUCGUUUGACUUGACCACUCGUCUUAUUAAAAAAAAUUGUCUUUUGGGCCAUACGUUGGCCUUUGUCUGCCUUCUAUUGGGCUUUUCUACUGGGCCUUUGCCUGCCUUCUUCUUCUUCUAUUUGGGGGCGGGAGUCUCUUCUCCUCCUCGCCCCUCCCCCAGUCCCCCUUAUCCAAACAAACACAAGGCAGGCUGCUGCUGCUUCCUCCGACUCUUGCUCGCUUGCCCCUCAACUCAUGGAGGCUUACUUGCUUGUGGCUCCCAAACCUUCCAUGGCCUCGACCGUCUCUGCAGGUGCAAGGGGUCCCGCCAGGAGGUGCCUUGUCGUCACCGCCACCGCCACCAAGGAACCCGGCACCCGCUCAUCAGAAACUGUAAUGACACGAGCACGCGGCGGCCUGUUGGCCGUCGCCGUCGCCGCAGCGAGCGGCACGCCAGUGCUCCCGUGCCAUGCUUGGGUGCUGGCAGGCGACCUGGACCCGGCGACGGCCAAGACGGUGGCCGGCGUGGCGGGGCCGGCGCUGUCGGCGCUGGGCUUCCUCUUCAUCCUGCGGAUCGUCAUGUCCUGGUACCCGAGGCUCCCCGUGACGCAGUUCCCUUACGUGCUGGCGUACGCGCCCACGGAGCCCUUCCUCGCCGUCACCCGAAAGCUCAUCCCGCCGCUCGGCGGCGUCGACGUCACGCCCGUCGUCUGGUUCGGCCUCGUCAGCUUCCUCAACGAGAUCCUCGUCGGCCCGCAGGGCCUGCUCGUCCUGCUCUCGCAGCAGCAGCAGCUUUGAUCCACAUUUUUGUAUCUAAUAAAUAACCAACGAAAAAGAAAAGAUGAUGUUUUUUCUAUAAAUCAUCAGUUGUCAUUUACAAACAAGGCACACUUCGUGCCCCUAUCAAUUUUGUUUUGAUACAAAUACUAAUAAUGAUUUCUACA